CACCCCGGAAUUAGAGUUCCUGGGCGGGGCGGGGCCAGCGGGGCCACCUGAAGUCCCUGGGGCGCUAUGUGCACGGGCACUAUGGCGUGUGGGGUCCUCUGCCACGUGGUGCUGCUCUGUGCGUUGGGCCUGGGCCUGGGUCAGCACCUCCCCGGGAGCCUGAGCUGUGGUCCCCGCCGCCUCCUUCACGGGACAGGGACAGACGCGCGCUGCUGCCGCUCCUGCACCUCCACUGAGGAGGGCUGUUCUGAGUGGGACUGCGUGUGUGUUCAGUCUGAAUUCCACUGUGGAGACCCUCAGUGCAAGAGCUGCAAGCAUCACCCCUGCCCACCAGGCCAGGAGGUGCAGCCUCAGGGGAAAUUCACUUUUGGCUUCAAGUGUGUUGACUGUGCAGUGGGGACCUUCUCCGGGGGCCAAGAGGGCCGCUGCAAGCCUUGGGCAGACUGCCCCCAGUUUGGGUUUCUCACCACAUUCCCUGGGAACAAGACCCAUGACACUGUGUGCAUUCCGGAGCCGCUGCCCACACAGCCGUAUGGACUGCUGGCUAUCGUGCUCCUUGCUGUGGCCACCUGCAUCCUUGUCCUGACCACCGCUCAGCUUGGGCUGCACAUCUGGCAGCUGAAAAGGGAACGCGUAUGCCCCCGAGAGACCCAGCGACUUCUAGAGGUGCUGCCACAGGCCGAGGACACCUGCAGCUGCCAAUUCCCUGAGGAGGAGCAUGGAGAGCGGCUGGCAGAGGAAAAGGGCCGGCUGGGAGACCUGUGGGUAUGAGCCUGGCCAUCCUUGCAGGCAGCCAGACCCCAGGCCAGACUCUCCCAGGAGGUCACCUAGGCUGACCCUCAGGAGCCAGGAUUCUAUAUCCUGCUCUGGGGCUGGCCCUGCUCCUCUGAUAGUGGAAGUGGGUGCAGGAUGAUGACAGAGACGAGUCGUGACACCAUGCAGAAGGGCUGUGGCCACGGUUGGGCCCUGAGGAAGGGACAGAUACAGCUGUGGCUGCCUUCCACUGUCGCUGGCCCUGCUGGUGUAGGGUCUGUGGGUCCCCGAUCCCUAGGAUGGGAGACCAUGCCUGUGGGUGUGCAGCAGACAGGACCUGGCUGCAAGUGGCAUCCAAUAAACAAUUGCUCAGUGA